UCAGGCCAGGAGCGCGCUCAGCCCCUCACCUGCCGCCUCCGCCUCCUCCCGCUGCAGGGGCCCCCUCGCCGAUCUCUGGCACAGCCUGGCCAUGCUGACUACGACCCUGCUGCCCUUUGGGCUGCCCGCUCCGGCCCUGCGGACUCACCCCGGCCCCCAGCUCCCCGGACACUCCCCCAAGGCUCCGGCGGGGAAAUCCUUCACCAUCAACGCUCUCCUGGGCCGGGCAGACCCCUCGCCGCCGCCGCCGCCGCCGCCUCCUGGCGCCGGGCGCUGGGACCCCGUCUGGCCAGACAGCGCCUGGCCGGGCGGUGCGCUCCAGCUGUGCGCCCAGGCGCAUCCCCUCCUGCAGCCUCGGCCGCUCUAUCCCGUCUGCUACCCGGGCUGGCGGGCCCCUCUCAGAGCCCCAGGGUAUCUGCUCUCCAAAUGCUGCUUCCCAGGCUUCAGAGCCAAGUCGGGCAAAUCCAAGCGGGUCAGGACCAUCUUCAGCAGCGACCAGCUGGCCCGGCUGGAGAAGGAGUUCGCCCGGCAGCAGUACAUGGUGGGCACCGAGCGGUGUCUGCUGGCCUCCGCUCUCCACCUCACCGAGGAGCAGGUAAAAGUGUGGUUCCAGAACAGACGGAUUAAGUGGAGGAAGCAGAGCCUGGAACAGCAACAAGCCAAACUGGUGAAGAUGGGUCUGGCCACUCCCCAAAGGAGCCAGGAUUUGCAGACCUACCAGGGAGAGGAAGGGGACAGGGACUUUACCAAGGAACCUACCAAUGAUCAGGAAGGUUUGUCCUCCCCUCACUUGGAGUAAUCUACUGCACAUCUCUCUGGACAGACUCUCCUGUUCUGUGCUUCGGGUCCUCACCCCUGUACAUACUGUAUUAUAGCUGGCAACAUGCAUAUAUAAUAUAUACAGUGUAGGGAUUAUUUUUUGCAGUGCAAAAAUAGAUUAAUUUAUGCAAUUGUUUAAAAAAUAAAACACAAUUACUCUGCUACUCUAGCCGGCUCAGGUUCUUACACCAGGCCUGUCACUGGGCUCUGGGCACCUACGUGUGAAUUACGUAGUCAUUGGCUCUGUAAUGUAAAACAGUAGCACUCAGUAGGCUUCUCUGAAUCGGUGUCAGGAUAAAAAUGUAUCCCAAAGUCAUCGCCCCCUUCUUAUUUAUUUAACAACCCCUCCUCCCCCCCCCCCCCUUCAUAAUAAAUCUCUGAUUUAGCCUGG